CAUCACUCGUUGACCACUGCUCAAAAUCUCCCCACCUCGAAAGCUACAUCAUCCAUCACUUCUGUGGAGUUUUUAUUGAAUACCCGAGCACCCCUCGGUGGUGCCCAACUCUUCUGCCAUCGUAUCCCAAGAUCCCUCCUCAAACGCCCAUAUUGUGGUCGCACUAGGCAUACGUCGAAGAUGGAGUCAUUACAGCUGGCACAAAUGCUGGCUGACAUAUCGGACCUCAGCGCAGCAGACCAGAAAGCUGCCAAAGGGCUACUCAACGCGAACAAGACCCUCCCCACACACCCUCAACAACCACAGCAGGCCCAUCUCCAACCCCCUGCACCCACACAGACACCCACACCCGGCUCUGGCGCGCACCGGCCACCUGCGUCAGCCUCCGGGAACCGCUUCGACAAGUUUGGUCGCAAGAUCCUCACGCCUCCUCCUAUGUCGCGCUCCAACUCGACCGGUCCACCGUCACAAGUCCCGUCCAUGCCGGGCACACCACGUGAAGGCGAUGAUGACGUACACCAAGCCAGCACGCUGAUGACGCUGUACGAGAUCCGCAACAGGCUCAAGCAGCAAGACAGUACCGGGCUGAAAAAAGCGCGCGAGCAGAUCGACGCGCUGAUUGCCAAGAACAAGCAACAAGAACAGCAGCAGCAGCAUCAACAGCAACAACAACAGGGGGGCGGCCAGGCUGACAAGCAGAAGACGGAACGACCGCGUCCGAUCUCGAGGACAUACACAUAUCCCAGGGGCGAGCCGACCUCAAGUACGAGCGAGACGAAAUAGCUCCAUGAAAUGAGACGCGACGCUAGGGGACAUGUUGGGUUUCCAGUCACGGUGCACUGGUGACACUAUUGCAAGAGAUGGAUAAUGGAGAUGCGGCGUUACUGGGUCACGAAAAGUUCUCCUUACAUAAAAAGAGAAGAAAACUGCGCGAACACGACGGGAUAUGAAGACAAAGCCAGAGGAGCUUUUGGGAUGGUUAUGAAUGGGUUCAUGGAAUAAUUACGACUUGUACAAUUCUCGUUGUCUCGGGCUACCACAGCUGGUGUGGAUUGUAAGAUAGAAGAUGGUAUGAACAGCCAUAGGCUCAUGAUAGCAGCAGUGCAUAUUCUCCCACAAACGGAUUAAUCUACACGUUACCUUUUGCCUUGUC